AUUACGUAGUCAUGACAAUCUACUUCGACUUAAGUAGAAGAAUGGGAUACUUCACUAUCCAGACAUACAUUCCCUGUAUAUUAACUGUUGUUCUUUCCUGGGUGUCAUUCUGGAUUAAAAAAGAUGCCACACCAGCAAGAACAGCAUUAGGUAUCACCACAGUAUUGACCAUGACAACUUUGAGUACCAUUGCAAGAAAGUCUUUACCUCGCGUCUCCUAUGUCACAGCCAUGGAUCUUUUUGUGACUGUGUGCUUUUUAUUUGUCUUUGCUGCUCUGAUGGAGUAUGCAACCCUCAAUUACUACUCAAGCUGCAAAAAGCCAACCUGUACCAAGAAGAAAAAGUCGCUACCUGAUGUCAGUUUUGGUCAUAUGAUGAACUAUUCUGUACUUGAUAUGAGACCACCACCUACAGUCAUCACAUUGAACAAUGCCAUGUACUGGCAAGAAUUUGAAGAGGCUUGUGUCUAUGAGUGUCUGGAUGGGAAAGACUGCCAGAGCUUUUUCUGUUGUUAUGAAGAAUGUAAAUCAGGUUCAUGGCGGAGAGGACGAAUUCACAUAGACAUCUUAGAAUUGGACUCCUAUUCAAGGGUCUUUUUUCCUACAUCAUUCUUGCUGUUUAACCUGGUCUACUGGGUUGGAUACCUCUACCUUUAAAUGUUGCCUGUAGUGGUGAAGACUACUCUUUUCACACUGCUUGGGAAUGGUGAACAUGCAGAAGAGGAGGGCAUGGCCAGUUUCAUCUCAAAUUAUAGAGGCCACGUUACCUUUUAUCAUCACAGAAACUGAUGAAGGAUUUUAAGAUGUAAUUGCCUGAAAAAGAAAAAUCUUGAAUUCGCCCUACUGCUAGUCAUUUUAAGUACAGGAUUCUUACUAAAUUCAGCUGAAUAUGUAGUGUGAGCAAUGUUUAUUAUUUCUUAUAUAAUGAAACCUUUAUUAUUCUCCCUUGACACAAAAUCAUGCAGAAUUCAGGCAAGGAAACAAAUGUGAAACCUUGAUUUGGGUUCUUUAUUCAUAUGCUCUCUUCAGUUUUCCCCUGUCCCUGGAGCUCAAGCAAUGCCCACUGGUACUGGCUAGCCGUGGUGCAACUAGAACCGAGAACAACCCAAGCUACCCAAUUGUGCUGAAGCCUCCACAGUUGCUUGGAAAAAUCAUCAUAGAAAAAGACUGUUCCUCCAGUCCUGUCAAGCCAUGGAAGUUUCCUUCUCCUGUAAAGCUCUGGGAUUAAUGAGUUUAGCCCCUUCCUACCUAUAUUGGUUUUAAUUCCAGGUGAAAAAGCUGAUUUACAAGAAUACUCAGAUCUAUUACCAAUCUCUGAGAUGGCUGCAAGUAGAACUUUUAAAGCAUUUCAAAGCCUUUAACUGUCAUGUUUCGACUGGAAACACUUACGGUGGUAACUGAUUUCUAAAAUAGUUUACUUGAAACUGGGCAAGACUUCUGCUUCUUUGUGUUGUUGUUGCAGGCUGUAGUUGAUAGGUAUGAGUAAGUUCACUAUUUAAUAACACUAGGGAUAUGUGAUUUUUUGCAGAUUGUGAUUUAAUACAAAGUUCACCCAUGUUUUCUUGGGGUUUUUUACAUCCCCCCGUUCAAAUUAUUUUCAGGCAAAAGACGAGGUUGUAUUCCCACAAAACUAAGUCUGGCAGUCCUUACCUAUAGACGAUUGCCACUGAGUGUGAAUUAGGGACUAAAAAUGUUGUUCUGUAUAGAGCAAUAUGGCAGCUUAAGUGACUGUAGUGGAUUUAAAUCAAAGCAAUUAAGAAAUAUGACAAAGGUUAGAGAUUUUGUUGGGGGAAGUGGGUGGGUUUUUUCCCCCCAGCCGCCCAGUAGAUUUUAACCUGGAAAAACAUUUUGAAUUCUGGAAUGUUUCACAUACUGAAUUCUUAAACUAUUUAUUUUGCAACAUUUUAAAUAUUUUUACAGUGUUCAGCUAUUAUUUUUUGACAAACACAGUCACUAACGUAAUUACUAAGCAGGCAAAAGUCACUGAAAAUCAAGUAGAAAUCAGUUUUCAGUGUCCUUUGACUGAUAAAAAGUGAUUCAGACAAAAGCAGGAUAACACAUUUUGAAGUAAAGUAUAUUUACAACCAUAAAAGGCAUUUUUUUCUCUUGUGAGACCAAUUAAACUUAUUCCAAAAAUGUAUGCAUCUAUCUCAUAUGCAUUUGAACACAAUGGACAGUAGAAGCUUGAAGAUCAGUCCUUUGUAUCCUCAGAUGGAAACAAAGCUAAAAUCCUGUAAAAAAAAAACAAGGACUAAUACCCUGGCAACUUCAAAUAUGAGUAAAUUAGUUAUGUUCUUCAAAAUACUAGUGCAUCUCAUCACUGCUUCUCAGUGCCUGCAGAGUAUUUUUAUUUGAAUGAAUAUCUCAAAAAAUUAAAUGUAGCUUUUCAAAAUAUUAUUUUCUGGUUUCAUUAAAGCAUAGGCUAAGUAUGAAAUGUUAGUAGACUGAAAACGAGAUCUAGAAAAAUAGUUUGUGUUUGACUUCUGCAGAAUAAAAGUAUUGAGCAAAAUGCAGCUUGCUCAGAAUAGCAUGGAAAGACAAUAGGACACUUUUUGGUUUGAUAAGGAACCUUGUUUUAGUGAAAUCUUACCUAAUCCAUUUCCUGCUAGACUUAAAAUUGCAUCUUUCCCUGUAACAGAUAUUUUAAUGAUACUGCUUUCCCACAGUAAUUUGCUAUUCCUCUGUGAACAAAAUAUUUUUUGUGCAAAAUUGUGGGUGUUCUUUGUUGGGUUGCAGUUGCAUUCUGAACAAAUUGAUUGGGAAACUCAUGAAGUGAGAUAAAGCUAAAUAUCCAGGGCUGAAACUGUGAGCUGCUUGCUGCUCUGAUAACUGCCACCCUCAGCCAUACUUACAAAAUGUCAAAUAAUAUUUUAAGCCAAAGCAAAAUAGUGAAUCCAUUUAUUCUUUGGGAGCCUGAUCCUGCAAACCCUCUUCACACACUCAAUGACUUCAAUGGGAGUAUUCUAGACCUUUGAUUCAUAAAAUGAUGUUUAUUAAACAACUGUAUAUAUAAGUGAGCACUCUUGAAGUGCCUGUGAAUAGUGUCUGUUCCAUUUGUAGACCCAUCUGUUCUGCUGACCCAUUGCUACCCAAUCUAUCUAAAAGCACACUGCACCCUCAGGUCCUUCCUUGGAAGAUUAAUUCUACUAAGUCUGUUUAUAGUGCCUCUGUUUUAUGAGUGCCUUCAUAAACAGAUGUCAAGACAUGAAAUUCCACUAUUCCAUCUUGUACAACAGUAAAGCUCCAAACUAAAACAUACUAUUAUUAAGCUUGAAAAAAAAAGUAAAGGCACACUUUUGUUGCUAUUUUAGGACAGCUACAAAGCUCUUGCCCAAGUACACAUAUAUGCACUCAACUUUUUUGCAGUUCUGGUUCUGUGUAGCUGAAAAAAAUACCCUACCACAAUGUUAUAUCCCUCUCUAGCCCUAUAUAAGAACCAAGAGUGGAUCCAGACAGAGGAGUAUACAGUGGCACAGACAUGCCCCCUUUGGAUGUGUUACAUGUGAGCUCUUAGCACAGGUUCUACCAAGAUCCCCCACUGGAGCCCACAGUGUAAGUACUGCUGCUGCCACUCAUCCCCUCCCUUCUUCUGCUACUGAAUUCAGUAAGGAGAGGGAAGGAGAGAAAGGGCAAACAGCAGCAACAUUAACCCACUGGGCUCUGGAGCUGUGCAAAAGCAGGGGCUUCAGACAGACUCCAGCCCAAUCAUCUGAUGACCCACACUCCAGCUGCCAGCCAGGCUACGACCACCCAGAUCACCACUGCUGGAACCCCAGUGGGCCCCCAGGAUCCCAGGUAAGGUUGCUGGGGUCAGCCCAGGUGCUGGCCCCAGUCUCUCCUACCCUAUGCAGGGCAAUUUGCCACAUGCCAGAGCGCUCAUGCAGGGGCAUUCCUUGGGGACAAGUAGCAGCAGUACAACUAUGUGCCACUGCUGUUUGUCCCCAGGGAAAUGCACAUGCAUGCUCAUCUGGACCUGCCCUGUGGGUGCAUCUAUACAUGCAGUUUGCUGAGGAGCUGACUAAUUAGCUUCACAGUAAAGUGUCACUGUCUACACAUGGGCCUGUAUUACAGCUCAGUAAAUUAAUUAACUCCACUAUAAGAUAGUACUGUCCAGGGCAAGUGCUAUUCUAAGGCAGAGUAGUUACAUGUGCCAAAAUGUAUGUGUAGAUAGUGACCGGGGCUGCCUGGUGUACAAGGAUGCUACAGUGCAGGGUUUGCCUGCUUCCUAGCCCCUCACUGUAGCACCCUUGUGCCCCAGCCAGCCCCUCCACAGCAUGUUGAGCUCAGGCGGAGCAGCCCCGGGCUGGUGGGCUGAUCUCCCUGGGUCCCAUGCCAGUCCAGGCUUCUCCACUCCAGAUCAAUGUGCUGUGGUCCCAGGAUCACGUGUAAACUUUGCACCCUGGAGAAAUAAACUCCAGCACGAACUGCACUGGAGUUAUUUAUGUACUAAUUACAUGUGUAGAUGCACCCAGCACGAUUAAACAAGAUUCACCAUUCAAAUUCUGUACACCUAAAGAAGAUGGUUCUGGAUGUGAAACUUAUGUUCUGUAUCUUGUUGCAACACAAAAGCUUACCCAUGUCUCUGUUAAUAUGAUAUGAAAAUCACACUGUCCAUAUUUCACUUUGGCUCCAUUGUGAUGUAGGAGGUAGCUGCUCAAUACUUUUGUGGAGUGUCCCAACACCAUUCUAACAGUGGGCUUUUUAGUAAAUCAGAACAACUUAUCCUGAAAGAGUUGCAAGCAUUAAGAUGAAAAGUGUCCCUAUAUUUGCUGUGCAAAAAUCUGUAAAGCCAAAUAGUUUUCCAUUCACAUUUUAUGAAGCUUCAAUUCUGAGUGAUGAUAAUUAGUUUGCCUUUCUGGAAGAAGUUUUAAAUAUGAAUGCCUAGUGCAAUCAAUUCAUCUAGAUACCUACAUGAAAAAUCAAUCAAAGGCCUUUGCACCAGUGUUGUUUUAGCUUUUAAGUAAUAGCAAAGAUUUUCUUUUUUUUAACUCCUUACCCUGUGAGACAACACACUUUACAUAUCAAAGUAAUAUUUAUAAUUAUCAAAGCUUUCAUUUGCUGCAGCUUUAUUUCAAUUAGGAGUUGAGGAAUGGCAUUUUACUGCAUUAAAGAGAGCACUUGCAGUGCAUUUAAAACUUUUUAAAAAGAACACUGUGCUUAAUAGACUUAAUCACUUCUCAGUUAUUAUGACCUUGACUCCUAACCUAUAAUAAGCUUCUUGUUUCCCCUUUCCAAAUUAAACAAGUUAUUAAAUCUUCCCCCUACAUUUGUUCUACCCAUAAUAAAAGUUUAUUAUACCAUAUCAAACUAUAAGACAGAGUCUGAUGUCUUUGAUGUAUGGGUAAUAUGGCUUUGUAAUCAACAAGUAUGACCAUAAGUGAUAUAGGGUAGGGACUAAAAUAUCUGGAAUUCACUGGUAAUACCAGGCACCAGAAAGAGGAGCUAAGCUGGAUCCAUAGAAGUUAUAUUAAGAAGUUUCCAGAUCCAUUAUCAGCAGUA